AUGCAUCGCCUAUUUAGCAUCAAACACAACAAGGAAAAAUUAAUCAAUGAAUGCAGCAGCAAAGGAAUCACUUGGCGGUUCAUUCCACCUCGAGCACCAAAUUUCGGCGGCCUUUGGGAAGCGGCUGUUAAGACAGCAAAGUCCUCUUUGGUAAAAACAAUCGGCUGCCGAAAACUUUCCUACGAGGACAUGGUCACUGUCCUCUACCAGAUCGAGGCAAACAUGAACACUCGCCCACUAACGCCACUAUCCGAUGACCCGACCGAAUUAGACGCACUAACACCCGGCCAUUUCCUGACUGGCGGUCCACUUUUAACCCUCCCGGACCCUCAGUACACCGAAAUACCAACAAACCGAUUGCGGCACUAUCAGCAGUUGCAACAACUGAUUCAACAUCACUGGCAACGUUGGCGGAAGGAAUAUCUUACCGAGCUCAAUCAGCAGUGGCAGAAAUCCGGUUCUCCGGUGGACAUCCGUGUUGGCCAAAUGGUAUUGCUGCAGGAGGAUGGAAAACCUUCCGUCGCUUGGCCACUAGCAAGGAUCGAAGCAGUUCAACCCGGCGAUGAUGACAUCAUUCGUGUUGCAACUAUCAAAACAAGAAGGGGAACAUACAUACGACCGAUUCACAGAUUGUUUCCACUUCCUUUCGACCAGCAAUUGGCGGUGCAGCAACAGCAACGAGCAGCAGCUGAAAGUGAAGAAAAGUUGUUAGAAAAUUAA